AUGUCAGGUUUUUUUUCGAUAAACGACAUUCGAGUAGUAAUUUCUAUAGAUUUUGGAACUACAUUUUCUGGUUUUACUUACGCAAAUGUAUUUGACAAUGAAAAAAAUGUUCAGAAUGAUGAUAUGAACUUUGAUUAUUAUACAUAUAAUUUAUGGGACGGAACUGCUUACGGAAAAUUCAAAACUAACACUGUGCUUAGAUACGAUAAUGAAUUCAAAGAAGUUUUAGCGUGGGGUGCACUAGGUUUGGCAAAGAAUCCAGGCUGGAGAAGAGGCAAGAAUACAUCAAAUCCUGUAGAACUAUUCAAACUUUCUUUGGGAAACUUGGCUGAAGAUCUAAAACCAGAACUUCCACCAGGACUUCACCUACAAAAAGAACAGAGGCAUAUAAGAGCCAUUACUGAUUAUCUACAAAAAAUUGACAUUAAUUUUUCCGAAAAUAUUCGACUAAUUCUUACCGUUCCUGCCGAAUAUUCUUAUCAAGCAAAAAAGGUUAUGCGCGAAUGCGCAUUCGAAGCAAAACUAAUUACCAAAAUUGAUUCAGAUAGAUUACAAUUUACUACAGAACCCGAAGCUGCUGCUAUAUACUGUAUCACAAAAAGGAGUUUAAGAGACAAUUUUCUCAAUGAUUCCGAAACUACUUUCCUAAUUGUUGACUGUGGGGGUGGAACAGUUGACUUAACUACCCGUAAAUUAUUGAGUAAUUGUGAAUUAGGCGAAGUUACGGAACGCGCCGGAGAUUUUUGUGGAUCUACGUUUGUCGAUAAAGAAUUUUUGAAAUUUCUUGGUAAAAUUGUCGGCGAAAGUGCAAUAAAAUUGCUCCGUGAAAAACAUUAUGGCGAAAUGCAAUAUAUGGUUCAAGAAUUUUGCAAUAAUAUUAAAAUUCCAUACACUGGAGAUGACAAUUUUACCUAUGACUUUGAUCUCGAUAGAAUCUGUCAAGUAUUAAAGCAAUAUGUCAUAGGAGAGGCAAAGACAUCACUUGAAGAGAAAGAGUGGAUUAUCGAAAUUGAUAACAAAGAUGUAAAAGAAAUGUUUGACCCUAUCGUUGAGAGAAUUAUCCGACUUAUACAAGUACAACUUGAAAAUUCUCGUACAUGUUCGGCACUAUUUAUGGUUGGAGGAUUUAGCGAGUCCAAAUAUUUGCAAAAUAGAGUCAAGAAUGAAUUUAAAGACAAAGUUGCACAUAUCUUAAUACCUCCAGAACCUACUGCAGCAAUAGUCCGUGGCGCUGUUAUAUAUGGUCUACGUAUGAACCCGUCAUUCUGCAAUAUACAAGAUCCCUCUAUUAAACCAAUCAUUAAGAAUCGUGUUCUUAAAUAUACAUAUGGUGUUGAAGUGGGCAUUAUUAGUAGAUUUUCUACUUUAGCUAAAAGAGGAACAACUACCGAAGUUAAUCAGAAAUUCGAUGGUACAUUCAUUCCACUUUUUCCAUAUCAAUCAGCCAUAAAAUUUAAAAUUUAUAUAACUCAAAAGCAUGAAGUAGAACGUUGUCAUGAAGAAGGUGUUGAAUUUCUUGGAGAGUUGUUAGUUGAUCUUCCAGAUAUAGAUCUUGGUCUUAAUAGAAAGGUCAAAUUUUCUCUUUGUUUUGGUGAAGAAGAAAUUAAGGCUUCUGCUAUAAAUUCGGUUAAUGGGCAGAACUAUCAUACUGUCUUUAAUUUAGAUACAGAAUCUUAG